ACACGUUGUUUUUCAGUAAAAAAGAAGCAAUUCAAGAAAAAUGAUGGGAACCGAAGUGGAGGCAAAAAAGCCUAAAAUUGAAGAAAAUGCCGCUGAAAAUACAACAAAUUGCGCCCAUUGGGUACAACGUAAGAAACGUUUUUGUAAAAUGACAGUAAAGACAGGUGAAAAAUAUUGUGGAGAGCAUCAACCCGCAGUUCUCCAAACAUCACCUGAACAAGAUGAAGCAAGCGCUAAUAACACCCGGAUACCAUGUCCAUUGGACUCAAAACAUACUGUUUUUAAGAAUAAACUACAAAAACAUCUUAAAAUAUGUAAUGCACGCGACAAAGGUGAUACACCGGCUUACAUUGAGAAGGGCAUAAAUGCUGGUGAGGCUGAUAGCGAUGCACCGGAUUAUAGCAAGUUAAGAAUAAAUGAAUUGCCCGAUGAAGAAUUCUACGGAAUUGUGACACGUAUUAAAGAGCUUUAUACAAAGUUUGUUGAAAAUAAAAUAGCGUCACUAGAACUCAGUCAUAAGUUAUUGGACGCAGAACUGGCUAAUACCACAUAUGGCCCGGAGGCGAGAAAGCAUUUGUUGCAGGCAGCGGCGCUACUGGGUAUACUUGAUAACGACCAACAACUAAAACAAAGCACAAGUUAUAUAGAGUUUGGUGCUGGUAAGGGACAGCUGACUUUUUAUCUAGCACAACUGUUGGAAACAAUACCUGAUUCUCAAGUAGUGCUUGUUGACCGUAUGUCGCUGCGUCACAAAAAAGACAAUAAGAUCGAAGACCGAACGUUGGUGCAUCGUAUACGUGCAGAUAUUGCUGAUUUUCGUAUGAGCAGACUGGAACUGUUACAUCGCUCAAAGCGUUGUGUAGCCGUAUCAAAGCAUUUAUGUGGCGCUGCUACCGAUUUGACUUUGCGUUGCAUUACCCAACCUGCCACAGAGAACUCAAGUAACAAAACACCAAACACAGACUAUAUACUCAUAGCGCUAUGUUGUCAUCACCGCUGCGAUUGGCAAGCAUAUGUGGGUAAAAGCUUCUUACAAGCGAACGGGCUGACGUGCCGAGAUUUUGCUGUGAUUAGUAAAAUGGCUAGUUGGGCAAUAUGUGGUACCGGUAUGAGCCGCGAACGUAGACGUGCGCUUGAGGAGCAAACACAAACUCCCGUAGAAGUUAUCGAUGCCAAUAAGACGCAGCGACUGAGUUUAUCUGAGCGUGAGCGCAUUGGUGACAUGUGCAAACGCAUACUUGACUAUGGACGACUGCUAUAUUUGCGAGAACAUGACUUUGAAGCAGAGCUUAAAUACUAUGUGGCGCGUGAUGUGACACUGGAAAAUGUUUGUCUGCUAGCCAGAAAAAACUAAGUUUGCGCCUCGAGCCACCAAACUCUUAGAUUUUUGUAGUCUGCUGUUUUAAUUGUUAAAAAAUCAAUAUCAUAUAUAAAAAAUAUAUAUACAGACA